CGCGCGCUACUUCCUGCCAUGGCGCCAAAUCCGGUCUCGACUUGUCGUUUCUCUAUCUGGCUUUUCGUAUUUUGUACACCAACUGUUCGAUGAUAUGUCUUAAAGAGACCUCGUCCUGAUUCAUUCGCCUCGCUAGUUGCGAGCCUUCAUCACGUUUCACUGGAUUUUGGUUUGAUAAAGCUUAAAGAUAAGAUUUUGACGAUGAGUUCUACUGUUUGGUGGGAAGGAGCUGAGAAGACACGAGUUCUCAUUGCCUCAGAUUCAGGUUGUGGGGGAAACAAACCUGGAGAACUAUUGACACUUCGCCAUCCAAAAUCAGAAAAUGGAACAUGCUACCUUUUCAGUAAUGGGAUGCUUCAAGAAAUUCAAUGGUUUAAGCAAUCAUAUGGUUCUUGGUUCCUGGGAGAUUACAUUUCUCAAGAUGGAAGCUUGUACAUGGCCACUCCGGUUGAUCCUGUUUUCAUCUUGUUGCCUAUUUUCGACGAGGCAAGAAUGAAGAAAGGUGAAGAUCCUGGAAAGUUCAGGCAACUGGAUGAGAUUUUGUUUGUGGAAGGAUAUCCUGAAUAUCAACAUUUGCUGCCACUUGCGGAGAAGAGUAUGGAGAUCGUUUGUCAGACUCAAGAGGUUGGGUCUAUGAAGUUCUAUCGGCUUGAUAACUCGAAAGUCUUAGCUUGGUUAACUUGUAAGGCAAGCUGUUUAAAGAAGACUCUUCCGGAACUGGACAAGAACUAUGCAGCUCAAGGCGAGAAGCAAACAUUGGUGGAUGCAGUUUCAAUUGUCGGUGAGUACCUGAAGACAGAGUCUUGGUUGAAGCUCCUCUAUGAUCAUCUUGGACUCGAGUUUGUUGACCCAACGAUGAAAGAAACCAAUACAGAGAAGUUUCCAAAUGCAAAUGAGAAUAAGAUGGAAUACUCAAAUUCAUCACAGGAGAAAGCGAAUAAGAAGACAGGAAAACCUGGAAAGCAGAUAAAGCAAGCAAAGGUAGAGACUGGAUCAAAGAACAUAAGAGAUAUGUUUUCAAGGGCUUGUAAGAAAAAAUGCUGAAAUGUUUGAAACUAUUUCAACUAUUUAUGAUUGAUUUUUCAGCUACCAAAUGAUAUUUGCUUAGCUAUCAACGUUUUGAACAAAGACUAACUCACGUUUUAUUUGAAUUCUAAAUUCGUAACCAGUGUUGCUUA